AUGCUCUUUAGAAUCUCUCCUUCCGUCAGUACACCCCCUCGACCAUCCGCAGCUGGAUCCUCGAUUCAUCAUUCGACCACAAUGAACAUUCUCCCCACUACUACCGCUCACUCGAAUUUAUUGAGAUCGAAACAAAUGCAAGAGCAACAAGGUGAGGAGAUUAUCACCAUUUCUGAUACUAUUGAAACAAGUUCUGGAAGUAAUAAUAAUAACAACAUCAUGUCGGAUAUUUUCUCACCUCAAACCUCUCCUUUUGAACUUUCUUCAUCUUCUUCACCUUCCACUUCGUCUCCUACUCUCUUGAUCAACAGACAAGAUUCAGCUCAAUUAAGAAGAAGAAGAGAUAAUGAUGCAUUGACAUCCAUGGAGAACACAACUCCUCAAGGUAGUGAUAAGGGUAAUGCUGCAUUGUCUUUGUCCUUCUCGAACGUUUCCAUGGCUGUUGUCAAUCAGCAAUCAAAGAAAAGGAAAAUGGAUAUUUCAAUGGAUGAUUCUUCCACAAUCCAAAACCAGUUACUCGACUCCAAUGCCGAAUUUGAAUUGGACUCAAGUUUUGAGAUGAAAAUGUCCAAUGUAAUUGGCUCCUUUGAAGAUCAAAUGGAUAUUUCACCUUCCACUCCCAAGAAUGAAAAGAAGAAGCCAAAGGAUGAAUAUAAAGGCCCAAGAUUUGAUUCUACAAACCGAACCAUUGCCAAGUACGGUGAAGAUCAUCGAGUGUUCAUUGUUGGUCUAUUAGGUUAUGAUUUUAGUGAGAAUGACCUUGAAGUGACACCAACCAAUGACUCGAAUGGAAAUUUGCAACGAUUGAAACAAAUUUUUUCCAAUCUUUUCAAUAAUCAAAUUGUACCCUUUUUGAGCACGACUCAAACCAACUCUCAAACAAGUAAUAGCCAUUUGGCCCACAUCCAUCAAAACAUCCAAGCAUCAUCCACCACCUCCUCCUCUUCAUCGAACAACAACAACCCUCAAAUGGUCCAUCACAACAAUCACCAUGAUGAUCAUUCCACGAUUCAUGGAGAUCCAGCGAAGGAAUGUUCAAUCAUUUCUCGUUGGAGGGAAGUCCCACAAUUGAGAAACACAAAGAUUAAGCAAUUGAGUUGUGGUGGAUAUCAUGUCUUGAUUUUAACAGAAAAUAAUGAGGUCUAUGGCGCUGGUUGGAAUAAGUAUGGCCAAAUUGGAACUCGAAAAUUUGGUUCGAGUAGUAAGGUGUUCAAAACUAGAAAUGAGAGAGGUGAAAUUGACUAUUGUGAAGUCCAACCAUUUCACAAAAUUGAAUUCCCAGAAAAGGUUGUCUCUUUGAAUGCCAGUGGACGCCACUCUCUCUUCAUUAGUGAAAGUGGAAGAGUGUAUGGAAGUGGAUGUCGAUUGCAUGGAAGAAUGGGUUCUGAAUUCAUUGAUGUUCCUCUUCCUCACAAGAACCAUGAAGAAGAGAAUUCCUAUCCACUCGAGGCAGAAAAUUCUUCAGGAUUAUUCUCUCCCAAACUCCUUGGAGGUAUUCUCAAGGAAAAGAGAGCGUACUAUGUUGGUAAAGCCUUUUGGCAUUCCAUUGUUGCUACCUGUGACUUGCGAGUCUAUGCCAUGGGUCAAGGAGAUGAAGGUAAAUUAGGAAUUGGUUUUAUUAAACCUUAUUCCUCUCAUUCAUCAACAUCAUCGAAUACCACCACCAACACUACCACCACUACCACAACUAACUUCCCACCGACAAUACCCUAUGAAGGAACUCAUUGUUAUGAACCAACCGAAAUUGUGGAAUUGAGAGGUCGUGAACUCAUGGAAGCUGAAGGUGGCGCUUGGCAUACCAUCUUCUUGACAAAAUCCACCAAUCCAAACUUGUACAAUAAUGAUGUGUGGGUCUGUGGAUCUAAUUACUGGGGUCAAUUGGCUCUUCCAAGUAAGAAACACUCGUCGUCUUCAUCCUCACCUGACUUUUCAACCACCAAUGUACCAGUCAUUCACCCAUUCUUUUGUGGAAAGAGAAAUCCAUCCACAAAUCCCAUUCAAGUAUGUGCUGGAUCAAAUUUCAAUGCAGUUCUGUGCGAGGAUGGUUCAGUCUAUUGUUUUGGUUGUGGUUCAAGUGGUAAGACUGGAAUGGGUCAUUGUCGUACAGUGAAAACUCCAACCAAAUUAACUUCAGUACCAAAGAACAUUACCAGCAUUUCCACAGGUUCCAAUCAUUUGGUGCUCUUAACCUCCACAGGAGACUUGUAUUCGGUAGGAUGGAAUUUUUAUGGUCAAUGUGGUUAUGAUCAGGACAUUGAAAACAUUAACAAGAUUAAGGAUACUUCGGUGGCUCCGCUCUCUGAAGGAGAAAGUUUAGGACAGACUGAACCCUACCACAUGCCAAAAAUCAAUCGACUCACAGGUGUGGAAGUGCAGUCAGUGGCCACAGGUGCCUACUUCACGAUCAUCACCACAAGUGAAACGAGCAACAAACGAAAGCAAGAAGAAAUAGCCAGAAAACGAAAUGGUAUUCAUGUGAGAAGUGGCUUUAACGACAUUUCCGUACUCACUCAACUGUAA